GCUGCACAGUAAAUAGCGCCUUAGUUGAAUUUGGUUUGCCGCGCGAUGCGGCAAUGCGUCAGUUUUUCUUUGGGGUCCACCGUUUUGCUGCUUAUGCUUUUUCACUGUUCAUCCAAUACGGUAAAAGGUUGGUAUUCCAUAAGCUUCUUAACUUUUGGCCAGUUGAUACGCAAGAUUGUUUUGGUCUGCCCGAAAACCCAAUCACGCUUGCUGGUGCGUUUGUUGCAAAUUCUCGUUUACCCGGGAGAACGACAUGCUAUUUUGCACCAUCUGAAAGCGGCCAGUAUCUCAGCAUGCGGUUCAGUUCGCUUUUGCUCCCCAGAAAGGCUAACAGUUGUCCGACCUUGACAAUUAAUGAAUACUCGUCCGUCAGAGAAGAGCUGAUCGAUGAUACUGACCCCAAUUUACGUGUUCCGAUGGUUGUACCUGCUGACCCCAAGCAACUGUUCCGUUCUGACUGCACAAAUUAUGAGAAAAUGCUCGAACAGGUUGUACGCACUUCAGCACCAGGCCUACGAAUCGAAAUGAUUUUCGAGCCUAUGAACUCGGAUUUGACGGAUGUCUCUUAUGCCCUCAUUAUUACCAGUUUCUUGAUUGGACCUUCUUUCAACUGCCCAUCCGGUACGUUUCGCUGCUGGAGCGAUCGAAGUCGUUGCAUUCCUGAAAGUCUCACCUGCGACGGGAUCGAUAACUGCUUCGACGAUUCUGACGAAAACAACUAUCUGUGCACUGGCCGGAUCAAUGGUAUUCCUAUUCCGCUAUUUGCCAUCAUAAUUGUCGUUUCAUUUUUGGGUCUGGUGCUGAUUGUAACGACUGUGGUAUUUGUGUUACGAAAACACAGAACCAAGGUUCGUGAGGAAGAACAAACUUGGGUCGAUAUGACAAUCAGGCCAACCGGGGCUACUCAGCAACCUCUCCUGUCAGAAAAAAACAUGAACAAAUAAACGUCGGACUGGAUUCGAUGGUGGAUCCAAUAAUCCACUACUUUUGGACAUGCCAAGCCCACCAGAUUUGUCUUGACGAAACACUGUGCAGGUCACUCUGGAUUAGGUGUGGAGAAAGUCUCCAGCUUACCUCUGUCCCGCUCACCAUUUUUCUUCAACUUGAUUUUAUCAUCGCUCCCCCAUUGGUGCAGUUUUCCUGGCCGUGAAUGUCGUCUUAUUUUUUUGUUAGUAUGGUUACCUUUGUAUACAUGUUGUUCGAUUUUUUUUAGAAAUUUUCUUCCCGAUGGCACUGAGCUUCUUCCAUGUCGG